AUCCGCCUUUUCGCCAUGCCGUAAUGACCCGUCAGCAAUGGUCUGUGAAGUGCAUGUAUAAGGAUCUUUGGUGUACAAUAGUGUAGAGCAUGACUCACUGACUUUAUGAACCUGUGAACAUUUACAAAACUUUAUCUGAGUUCACAAGUACACGCUCGAGGAAGGAAACGAGCUGAAAAAACUAGUAUCAACAAAUGUGCCGGCUUUGGAUUUAAUAUUCGUGAUUCUUAUGAAUUCGAUCAGUGGUAAUAUAUGCAGCCCGAUACAAUAGACCAUGGUUGUUUGAGUGAUUGCUGAUACAUUUAAUGAACGAUAGGAACGAAAACAGCUUAAAAAGCUGGUGUCAGCUUGUCACUACACGCCAUUUCUCCUCUCUCAGCGGGAAAAGGACUUUUAAAACGUGCAAUAAUCGGAAGCGGUGCAAAGACAAGUCAACGCGACAAUGAUGGCGCUCCUCCUAACCUUCGUGAUGAUGGUGGGCUCAACCGUGUCUUCACAACACUUAGCACCAGUGACGGUUGAAACAAGUGUUGGUCUUAUCACUGGAAUACAGGAACAUCUGAGACUCUAUGGAGAGAAUUAUCAACUGAAUGCCUUCCGCGGGAUACCUUACGCCGAGCCCCCUGUAGGGAAACUCCGGUUCAAGCGGUCGGUUCCAAAGGCCCCGUUCAAAGAUGGAUUCAACGCUACGGCAUACGGCGAUGCGUGCAUGCAAAAAUUUUGGGCUGAUCCCCUACACUUCCCUGAUCGUUUUCCCACAAAUGAAGACUGCCUGUUCCUGAACGUCUUCACCCCUGUUUCAGCAAAUCGCACCAACAAGAAAUCAGUGAUGUUUUUCAUCCACGGUGGUGCAUGGAUUGCCGGCGCCUCGCAGCAGUAUGACGGGAGACCACUUGCAGCCUACGGCGAUGUGGUCACGGUGACAACGAACUAUCGUCUUGGUCCAUUCGGCUAUUUAAGCACUGGUGAUUCCAACGGACCUGCCAACAAUGCACUUUUCGACGAAUUAUUAGCCUUGCAGUGGGUCAAAGACAACAUAGGCGAGUUUGGAGGGGAUGCUGAUACCGUGACAGUGUUUGGUCAAUCUGCGGGCGGACUUGAUACGUCACUACACGCCAUUUCUCCUCUCUCAGCGGGAAGAGGACUUUUAAAACGUGCAAUAAGCGAAAGUUGUGCUGCCAUUUUCCCGCAUCCAAAGCAUCGAGCGAUCUUUCACAAUCCUUUAGAGAAAGCAAAGCUACUCGCCGGUUUCCUUGGGUGCCCCAAAGCAAACCAUCAAACGAUGAUAGAGUGCAUGCAAACAAAGUCAGCUCAAGAUGUGUUGGAGAAAGGCGAUCAAGUAGAAGCUCUAUUUCCCCUUUUUGUGUGGGGUCCGACAAUAGACGAUGAAUUCGUGCCAGAAUCGCCCAUCAAUCUAUUCAACAAUCCCAACAUAAGUGUCUUUUCCGCUUUCUCAUCCAUCGACUUGAUGGUUGGUUCCACGAGUGCAGAUGGUGACGCUGAUGGGCCAGACAUCUUCUCCCAACAUCUUGCAAAGAACCUUUCCACACCGAAAUCCAUGCUUGUUGACGCCCUAUCAGUAGAACACAUGCUGGGCGUUCCAAACGAGGCCGAUGUCAUCAAAGCAGUCUUGCAGGAAUAUGUGCCCUCUGUUAAAAUUACCGAUGUGGAAGCGAUGGACAUUUUGGUGGACUACUACACGGAUUUGGUAUUUAUUGGGCCCGCUGUAGCGACAGCCCAGACCCACGUAAAAAUGUCAAAAGAUUCGAAGACCUACGUGUAUUUCUUCACUUAUGCCUUGAAUGAAUGGACGCAUUCUCGGUAUCGGCCCGGACUAUCUACGCACACCUCGGAAUUACUCUACAUAUUCUUGUUUCCCUCCCUGGACAUCGACAACGGUACCUUAAGGCAGAAGGUAACCGAAAAGGACGUACAACUGAGCAAGGCCAUGAUGUCGUACUGGACCAACUUCGCCAAAUAUGGGAAUCCAAAUGGUAAGAUCAGCGGAGAUCUUGCUGGUGUCAAAGCCGAACAAGAAUGGCCGCCGUUUACCUCUGAAAAUCAGGAGUAUUUAGACCUCGGAAACUCGACAACCGACAUCAAACUAACACCAAGGAAGGGUCUACGGGCUAAGAAGAUGUCUUUCUGGCUAGAUUAUCUUCCAUACCUAAUGAACAAAACGUGUUCCGAUGCUCCACCUGCACAACCAUGCCCCGAACUAACAAGCCUCGACAUCGCCCUGGCAGUUUGCACUGCGGUAUUCGGCCUCCUCUCUCUGGCGUUGCUCGUUGUGGUUUGCAAAGGGCAUCGGGAGAACAAACUCAAGUGUAUGUAGAGAUAUGGAUUCCCGCAAGUCCAAUCCUAUGCCCACAAAGGGGAAUGGUUCUGACUUACUUUACGCAAUUCUUAAUAUGCCCUCAUUUAUUGGAUAAGCCAAGCAUUAGUCAUGCACUCGAACCUUCUUAUAUUCUCUGGCCUUAGAACAAUUUUAAAGAAAAUCAUUUAACUGUGAAUUUCCUGUAUGCCUAACCCUGUUACUGUUUAGUGACAAGAGGUCAACCUAGUACCUUUUGCAAGACCUGUCUGAAAUGCAAUAUAGAGUUAUGAAUUCACGGUAGUGAAUGAAGGACUGGAUAUCAUUUUGGGGGAAAGAUCCGACUUAACUUACUAGUAGGCCUAUAUCAACACUACUGUAGGUUUAAACUAUGCGAUUUGCAUGUAGACCGCAUGAAUUUCACAAUGCAUAUACAUGUACAUGUAUACGACUUUCCCAUGAAAUGAUGAUAUGGCAGACCGGUACUUGUAAUAAGUUUGACGACUUUCACUACUCAGUGUUCUAUUUCAUAGAAGUGAUCUGUAAAGAAAGAAGUCAAGAUUUUGUUAUGAUCGUGGUAUUACAUCCGUGUAUUCAUUCAUUGAUCAGGAACAGCUCAAAGAAAAAGCCGCAGAACAUUCACACUGCUGAUAGAUUUUUCAUGGAGUAACUAGCACUCGCACUGUUGUUUUCUGAUUUUUCAAUUUUAUAGAUCAUGUACAUUCAUUUCUGAUAAAUUUCGAAAAAAAAUCUGACAACCUCUGAAUGCCUUUGACCCCAAAACUCCUCGGAAAAUCAGAUCAGGAAAUUUCACAUUUUUGGAGUAUGCAUGCAAACACAGAUCAAUACAUGCAUAGGCGGUGUACUGAAAUCUUACAAGGAAUGGAUACCGAUAUGUUUGGGCGCUGAUUAUUAAAGCAACGGAACAGACCAGCGUACUCUCUACUAUACAACAGUAGAACAUUUCACUGUUGUCGAUAUCGCAUUAAACAGUGAACAUUCUACUGUGUGUUUGCUUUUGCGCACAUUCUCUGCGCAACAAUCUGGUAACUGUGAACUGUCUACUGUGUGAGCGGAAAAUGGAGACAGUGAAGAGUUCACUGUUUUGUGCGGAGCAUGCUCUGAACAGACAUACAUUUAACAUGGCUUUCGUUAAUAUAAGAAUUUUGAGAU